AUGGGUCGACUAUCACAGAGAGAGAAGGAUGAGCGGGAGGAGAGGAUGAUUUUGGCAAUUCAUCACUUCAGAAAGAGUACAGAACCAUCGAUAAGGGCAACAGCGGAGAAGUACUCAAUUGCCUACUCAACUCUACGGGAUAGACUUGGAGGGGCCCAAAGUAGAAAGGAAAUUCACCGCCAUCAACAGCUUUUAACUGAGCAAGGGGAGAAAUCAAUGGUCCGAUGGAUAUUGAAGAUGGAUGAGUGGUGCUUCCCACCUCGCAUGGCAAUAGUAAAGGAGAUGGCGGCUGUCUUGGUCAAAAACCGCACUAGUAAUCGGAAUCUAGGAAAGCAUACGGUGUUGCAGUACAUAUUAGAUUCUUAG